AUGAGUUCAGCGGCAGUUGAAUUAGCUAGUAUUAGUGGAUCAACGAGUAUUACGGAAGCAACGAGUAUUAGUGGAUCAACGAGUAUUAGUCUCGAUUUAGCACCGAAUGCUCAUGUAAAUCAAUAUGAAUACAUUGUCGAAAACGGCAAAACGCAGGAUUUCAAUUCCCUUAUAAACAAACAAACUAAUCGAUCAUUAUUUAAAUGGACAAAUGAUCUAAAUGAUGGCAGAGAAUUAUGGAGACGUAUAUUACUUUCGUUAAGUGGUCUUGCAUCAUUCCUCAAUGCACUUUAUAUUGUACUUGUUAUAAAAGGGAAAUUAUCAUCUUAUAUGUGGGGUGUAAUAGCAGCUAUUAUAUAUGGUGUUUUUGCAUUUGCCUAUGGUUAUGUUGGAGAUGCACAACUAAACAUUAUGGUUUUUUUACCAAUGCAACUAAUUGGUGCUUAUUUAUGGUCGAAUCAAUUAGAUUCUGAGUUAACAAUACGUGUUCAUGCAUUAUCCAUAUUAAAAUGGAUUUUUGUUAUUAUAUUAUGUGCAGCAUUAGCACCCAUGUUCUACUGGGAAAUACCUGCGUUCAGUAAAUUAAUAACUAAGCAAUAUAUUUUUGAAACGAUGAUUACACCUCAUAUAUUAGAUGCUCUAACAAAUUCAUUGAGUGUUGUUGCACAAGUUUUAGUUAUAUUUCGGUAUUGGGAGCAAUAUAUUCUAUGGUUAGCUGUUAAUGUAAUGAAUAUUAUAAUGUACAGCGGUUUGUUACAAACACCAUUGGACAUUAAUUUAUUACUUGCAUGGAUUGUGUCAAGUAUUUAUACACUUGUUGGUUUAUAUACUUGGUUUAGAAGAUGGAAAAGUUCGAUCCGUAUUAAACCAGAACUACAGGAGAUAUUUUCACUGUCUGAUCAAAAGUGA